AUGUGGUUGCCGAAGAAUCAACCGGAGAAGAAGGAUGGAGUGCUGGGGAUAGUGGCAGUGGCAAUAGACAGAGACAAAGGAAGCCAGAACGCACUCAAAUGGGCCAUUGAUCAUCUUCUUGUACGAGGAUCCACCGUAGUUCUUAUCCAUGUCAAGGUUAAGCCAUCUGCAUUGUCUGCAUCGCCUUCUCUUCAAGUCCCAAGUGAGUUCAUAUAUGAAACAAAGCACCAGGCUAAUGGCCCUGCGGACGAGAGUUCUCUAGUAUGCAGAGAUCCUGAUCCUCAAACCAGAGAAAUUUUCCUGCCAUAUCGGGUCUUCUGUACACGGAAAGAUAUACAAUGUAAGGACGUCAUACUGGAAGACAUAGAUGUAGCGAAAGCGUUAAUCGAAUAUGCUUCACAUACAGCAAUUGAACAUUUGGUUCUUGGUGCGUCAACCAAAACUGGUCUGCUUCGAAGAUUCAAGGCAGCAGACAUUCCAGGAAGUGUGGCAAAAGGGGCACCAGAUUUUUGUAAUGUGUAUGCUGUUGCUAAAGGGAAAAUCCAUUCGAUGAGAUCUGCUACUCGUCCUGCUCCUGCUGUUUCUCCCCUACGCAACCAGCUUACUCAACCAAGCGUCAAGUCUGAUCACUCAGACCCUGGACCAGGACCAGGACCGGGAGUACCUCCAACUAAUAAUACUAUGAGAGGACGUGGUAGGCGGAGCCUUGAUGGGCCAAAUAAAUUGCAGGAUGAAUCAGAAUCAUUUAGGUCACCAUUCACUAGGAGAGGUAUGAAUGGGAAGUCAUAUGGGGAACUCUCCGUACCAGAUACUGACAUAUCCUUUGUGAGUUCUGGUGGAAGGUCGAGUACAGAUCGCAUGUUCCCUUCAAUAUUUGACACCCCAGAAACUGGAUUCUCCAACCCACGUCUAUCAUAUAGCCCAGAACCAGAUAACAAUCAUAGUUUCGAGUCAUCCUCGCAGUACGGGAGAAGGUCUGUGGAUAUGGUCAGCCCUCCUCCUGAAUUCUCAUCAAACUCACAGGAUAGUGACAGACUUUCUUCUUCAUCAGGCCUGGAUGAUGUGGAGGCUGAAAUGAGGAGAUUGAAGUUGGAGCUCAAGCAAACAAUGGAAAUGUACAGCACAGCUUGUAAAGAAGCUCUCUCAGCAAAGCAGAAGGCAAUAGAACUCCAGCGAUGGAAGUUAGAGGAAGAGCGAAGAUUAGAAGAGGCGAGGCUAGCAGAGGAAGCUGCAUUGGCAAUUGCAGAGAAGGAGAAGGCCAAAUCCAAAGCAGCGCUUGAAGCUGCUGAGGCACAAAAGAGAAUAGCAGAACUGGAAGCACAAAAAAGAUUGAGUGCAGAAAUGAAAGCACUCAGAGAAGCAGAAGAGAAGAAAAAGGCACUGGAUGCUUUAGUAAAUAUAGAUGUCAGGUAUAGAAAGUACUCCAUCGAGGACAUUGAAUCUGCAACCAAUUUCUUCCAGGAGUCACAGAAAAUUGGAGAAGGUGGUUAUGGUCCGGUCUACCAUUGCCAUCUGGACCAUACACCUGUUGCAGUUAAGGUUCUGCGUCCUGAUGCAGCACAAGGAAGAUCACAGUUUCAACGAGAGGUUGAGGUACUGAGUUGCAUACGGCAUCCAAACAUGGUUCUCCUCCUAGGUGCCUGCCCAGAAUAUGGAUGUCUUGUAUAUGAAUUCAUGGCUAAUGGAAGCUUGGACGAUCGUCUGUUUCGCCGAGGAAACACACCAUCGCUUCCUUGGCAGCUCAGGUUCAAAAUUGCAGCUGAAAUAGGCACUGGCUUAUUGUUCCUUCACCAGACAAAACCGGAGCCUCUGGUUCACAGGGACUUGAAACCAGCCAACAUCUUACUUGACCGAAACUUCGUAGCCAAGAUCAGUGACGUGGGUUUGGCCAGGCUUGUCCCACCAUCCGUGGCUGACAAUGUCACACAAUACCGUAUGACAUCCACUGCCGGAACAUUCUGCUACAUAGAUCCAGAAUAUCAGCAAACGGGAAUGUUGGGGGUAAAGUCUGACAUAUAUUCCCUUGGGAUCAUCUUGUUGCAGAUAAUAACAGCAAGACCACCAAUGGGUUUGACUCAUCAUGUUGAAAGAGCCAUUGAAAGGGGAGCAUUCAACGAGAUGUUGGAUCCAACAGUGCCUGAUUGGCCAGAAGAGGAGGCCUUGAACCUUGCCAAGUUGGCUCUCAAGUGUGCAGAGUUAAGGAGGAAGGACAGGCCUGAUCUGGGCAAAGUCAUAUUACCAGAACUAAACAGAAUGAGAAUGCUUGCUGAAAGUACUAAUCAUCACUCAGUUGUGAGUGGCUAUUUAAGCCCUCCCAACAUCAGCCUAGUUUCAGCACCGGUGGUGCAGGAUCAAACCGGCUACACAGGUUACUCUGCGGAGGGCACAAGAAAUAGAUCAAGUCCAGCUUGA